AUGAACAGCCAACGACAAACCGACGCUCAGCCUGACGGUGCGUGCAGCAGUGCGGGAGAAUCCGCCAUCCCCUUCUCGCAAAUAACCGCUACCCUUUCGGCGUCAUCUGGCGAACUACUUCGACGGCCAACCUACAUAGAACGCAUUCGGUCCUGCUAUCAAAACGACCCGGAGGCUUUCUCCUACUAUGAAGAGCUGGUCGAUUACAUUGAAAAAGGGUUGAAGAAAGACCUUGGCUCGAGCGAAGACAAACCCAGAGUAUUCGAAGUUCGGGCGGCCACGUCUUUAAAUCAUAUCCCGCUGCAUUUCCCCAUCUCGGAAAGACCGCGCGCAGUGAUCCUGGAGGGAUUUCCAUCCCCUCAUGCGGUUCUCCAGCUGGCUCAAUGGUGGAACCUGCGCCCGGAAUUCUUCACAGGACACAUCUUCGGCAGCAUUCAGAACCACCAACGCGGGUUCUACAGCCUUCCCACGUUGCCGUCGAGACAAGAGAACGUCAUCCGCAUCCACUUCGUCAGCCUGGUCAAGUCUCUGGUCGAAAGACCCGGCCUGACUUCGUUCCUGGAGAAGAGAUCGGAGGUGGAAGAAGCUUGCCGACAAUAUGAAAAGCACCUCUUCACCGGGAAUCGAUUCGGUGUGACUAGGUUUCGAGAGAUCAGCCAGCACGACGCAUGCUACUGCAGCGUCGAGCAGAUUAUAUCCUUCACGGUCGCUGCCAACAGAUCACCGUGGGUUGCUGUCUACCUUACCGACCAAGGCACGUCCCUCCUCGACGGCAUCCGCCUCCCCUGGACCGACUACCACAGUGGCGCCACCACCCUCAACAGUGGCACUCCCAUCGGCACGGUCCCUAUCGUUCCGUACAAUGCGCCUAUCACCUCUGAACCCUUCCAUCGCCGCCUCGCAGCCCGUCAGUCGUCCCGCGAAGGCAGCCCCUCUCCCCUCCCAUCCCCGGACAACAAAACCAGCAUCAACGGCCCGUCCUUCAGCCAGCUCCAUCCGCUGCGGAACAUCGUGGUCCACGACGAAACCGACAUGCAACUCCUGUCCGAAGACCCCUUCUUUCUGAUUGCCAGCCUGUUCACGACCUCGGCGCUCUCCUUCGUCCAGCUCCUCAACUACCUGCCGCGUGAUCUACCGCGCGUCGAGUUCGCGCUCGCCGAGAAUCUGCGCUGGAUCGCCCAGGGCGGGUGCAGCACGUGGCCCCGGGCGCAACCGGGGACGGACACGAUGGUGCGGAAGGAGGCGCUGCAGACAACCCUGCGGACAGACCAUGAGGCGCUGCAGCAGCGGUGCGUCAUCAUGCGGCGGGACUGUGAGUCGGCGACGAUGUUUUUGGUGAGCUACUCGCAGCUCCAGUGUGCGGAGCGGAGCACCGCGCAGGCGAGCGAGAUCCAGCGCCUGACGAAGCUGGCGUUGUUUUUUGUGCCGUUGGCAUUUGUCACCUCAGCGUUUGGCAUGAAUGUGAAAGAGCUGCAGCAGCAUUUCCCGUCGAUCUGGGUGUUCUCGGCGACGGCGGUCGUGAUCUCCGUGGCGACGUAUUCUGCCAUGUUCUGGUCGGAGGUAUGGCACUGGUCGAGCUCGACGUGGAGGAAGCUCCGCGCAAGGGCUAAAAGGGAUCUCAAACGAAGGUGGACUGAAGCUUGA